AUUAUCACAAUAUUCAAGUUGAAUGUCAGUGCUACGUCCCACUCCUCGUUCCUCCACUCUGCAAAAUCCUGAUAUAGAAGGUACUCCGUUAGAAAUACUAAUUCUAAUUUCUUACAACCUUUCGAAUUAAAAUAUGUCUGAAUUAUCGGAGGACGAGUAUGAUUACCGAGAUUACAUUGCCGAGUUUGCCGAUGAGAAAGUGGGCCCCCCUUUGAUUGCAAAAAAAUCGCGUUUAAUUGCUGCAGCCGUUCAAGGCAAUGUGGACAUCAUUAGAGAUUUGUUGGACUCCCCUAAAUGGUACCAUGUUAGAGACAAUAUGAACCGUAAUCUCUUGCACAUUGCAAUUUUGCGAGAACAACGGGAGGUGUUUGACUACAUCCUGACGCUUCCAGAUUUUCCGUUCGAUGCUUUCAGUACGUACGGAGAAACUGUCUUAGAUGUUGCCUUAACAGUUUUUGGUGAUAACUACGGUCCACGCAAAUUUGUGGAGGAAUAUUUUGCUCGUGAACUCUUAAGAAAGGGCAUAUUUUAUACUUGGCACGAAAAUACUUUACUGCUCAGGGCCAUUGAGAGAUCGUAUAAUGAAGUUGUAGUGUUGUUAAUUGAGCAGGGGGUUGAUGUUGAUGCCUAUAAUUGUAACGGGUUCACGCCGCUACAAGUUGCUACCACUUAUGCCGAUAAUGCUGAAGCAACUGCCAUAUUAUUGAUGUUUGGUGCCGAUCCAUUAAUCUGCUAUCCUACAUGGUACACUGUUUUUGAAAAAUGUCCUAAUCCAGAAAUACAAAAAAUAUUGUUCUACUACAUAUACGACCAAGGUUCAGAGGUAGACAUUCACUUAGAAGUAUUGUUACCGCUUGCCGCAACUAAUCCGUCCUUAUUUGAUGAAGUAUUUAAAAACUCAAUUAAUAUAAACAUGACCAAAUGUCAUGCCGGGAUUUGUCUCGAAAAGUUGUGUGUUAUGGACGUCGAGUCUUUAAAAUUAGUGAUCACAAAGUGUACCUAUUAUCUUAGAAAAGUUUUUUCAGCACCUGUUCAAGAGAAAAUAAAAGUAUGCUGCAACAAAUGGUCCCUUGAAAAUCUACUUGUGUUGCUUGAGAGUAACUUGAGGGACGACAUCCUAAAUUCUAUUAAAAUUUUAGACAGUACUUCAAUUUUGCAAGAAAUGGUUAAAGAUAACAAAACCGAAAGUGAAAUUAGCGAAGUUUUGUGUUUUUUGUUAAGCUACGGCCUUGAGAUCGCUGCAUAUGACCUCCAUUUGAUUUACUCCGAGUUUGGAUAUUGCAAUUUAUUCAAAAUUCUUUUGCAUAUGGACGAUGUUUCCCAAAAAUGUGAUAACUUUCAGAAUGUUAAAAUUAUGCCGCUAUUUAGCUAUGAUGUUACAAUAAGCCUUGAAGAUUAUCUUGAUUCUUUCAAGUCAAACCAACCCGCUCAUUUUUUAGAACUUUGUUCUUACUUUUGUCGACCAAAUCUAAUCAAAAACUGUGAUCUAGAAACAGUUCAACAAAUACCCCUCCUUGUCGAGUUGGCGAGAAACGAAUUUCGGAAAUUUUUUGUGGAAAAAUUUCAAAUUAAAACAUGCCGCAGGUUUUACUCACUUUUGAACUGUCUACCUAUCAGUAACACAUAUAAAAAAAUUGUUACGUAUGAAACACCACUGUAUUAAACUCUGUUUGUAAGUUUACAUUUUCAAAUAAAUAAUUUUGUCUAUA